AUGGCCUCCGCUCCUAAGGUUGACGCUCCCGCCGCCCCUGCUCCCCUCUCUGGGCUCCAGCUCUACUCCAGAUUCGCCUUCGCUGGUGCUGUCUGCUGCUCCGUCACCCACGGUGCUCUCACCCCUGUCGAUGUCGUCAAGACCAGAAUCCAACUUGACCCGGCUACAUACAACCGUGGUAUGAUCGGUGGUUUCCGCCAGGUCGUUGCCAACGAGGGUGCUGGCGCUCUCCUUACCGGUUUCGGUCCUACCGCCGCCGGUUACUUCCUCCAGGGUGCCUUCAAGUUCGGUGGUUAUGAAUUCUUCAAGCAGCAGUGGAUCAACCAGCUCGGUCUUGAGAACGCCUCCAAGAACCGCACUGCCAUCUACCUCGCCUCGUCCGCUACCGCUGAAUUCUUUGCCGAUAUUGCCCUCUGCCCCCUUGAAGCUACCCGUAUCCGUCUUGUCUCUCAGCCCGAGUUCGCUAGCGGUCUUCUGAGCGGUUUCACCAAGAUCCUCAAGAACGAGGGUAUUGGCGCUUUCUACUCUGGUUUCGGUCCCAUCCUCUUCAAGCAGGUUCCUUACACCAUGGCCAAGUUCGUCGCUUUCGAGAAGUUCUCCGAGGCCAUCUUCUCUGUUGUCGACAAGAACUCCCUCUCCGACGGUGGUAAGACUGGUGUCAACCUUGGUGCUGGUCUCCUUGCUGGUUUCGCUGCCGCUAUCGUCUCCCAGCCCGCCGACACCAUGCUCUCCAAGAUCAACAAGACCCAGGGUCUCCCCGGUGAGGGCACCACCUCCCGUCUGAUCAAGAUCGCUAAGGAGCUUGGUCUCAAGGGCAGCUUCUCCGGUAUUGGUGCUCGUCUCUUCAUGAUUGGUACCAUCACUGCCGGUCAGUUCGCCAUCUACGGUGACAUCAAGCGUCUUCUCGGUGCCACCGGUGGUGUCGAGAUUGCUCCCUCCAAAUAG